ACAUCAGACAGACGAUUAUAUCAGCCAUACCUCUCACUAUCAGAAACAGAUAGCAGAUAGAUUACUAUGGCUGUACCUGCGAGUAAGGCAAUGCGUAGCCCGUUGAAGUAAAAUAGUAUAAUACGUACAAGAAUAAGUGUAAAAGAUAAUAAAUUAGUGCUGGUUGGAAAAUAACAGUGAAUGCGAAACAACUGACGUACGCUUUAUGUCAUAAAACAAAUAGUAGUAGUGUUAAUUACAUACGUGCAUGAUAAGACUGUGUUUUGAAUGCACAUAAUGAAAAUGAACUUGCCCCAGCAUGCACCAACGAAAUUGUUAGUUUUCCUAUUGUUUCUUAUAAUUAUGUCUUUGUAUUUGCAAUUUGGAUAUUCAACCCGUGCAGUGUUAAGCGAAACUGAAAACAUCAAAGAAACUGAAAAGAGUCCUAUUGUGGCAAUAAAUACAGAUGCAGAAACAGGCAAUAGUGUAAUCAGUAAGGACAACUUAACUACUGAAUCAUAUACAUUUCAACGAAUCAAAGAAAUAACCAAAUGUCAUGAUUUACCGAGGCAGCACAACGUAAUGCAGUGGGGUCCUUAUUGGGUCCUUAAUAAUUUUGUUGCCGCGAAAAGAACGUACAAGUGUGAAGAAAGUGUAACUUUUGCUACUACGGCAACUUACAAUUUUUUGGGCAAUGUUUUGCCCAUUGUGGAAAGUUGGGAUGGACCAGUUAGUGUUGCAGUGUACGCCCCAGGUAGUGACUUUAAUUUGGCCUUAGAAUCCAUAGCCUACCUUCGCGAAUGUGGAAAUCCAUUAGUAACCGAAACGGUUUCUUUUCAUUUGUUCUUCCAAAUGACAUAUUUUCCAGACAAGAAUUUGGCAAAUGAAAAAUUUUCAUCUGGAAAAGCUGUUAAUUGCUCCCUGAAGCCUCCAUAUGAGACAUAUUCAAGCGGUCAGUCGUUCAAAGACAAACACAACGAACUUUUUAUGGUAAACGUAGCGCGUAAUAUAGCACGGAAAAUGUCUGAAACACAUUUUAUACUUUCCGCGGAUAUAGAAAUGUAUCCCAGUUUAAACAUUUCGUCACGAUUUCUUCACAUGAUAUCGAAAGAAGAUCCUGAGACCUAUUCGAAACAGCCAGUUGUUUACGCCAUUCAUGCUUUCGAGGUAAACGAAGGGGUGAAACCACCCCUAAACAAAAGCGAACUGAGAGAAAUGAUACAUAAUAAAACUGCAGAGCGAUUUCACUUUAAAGUAUGCGGCAAAUGUCACAAUUUUCCGCAUUUUGAAUCCUGGUUGAGUAUUGAUAGUGAGGAAAUGGAAAUUACUGAAAGCGUAACACGAACGAAAACUUUUGUGGCUUGGGAGCCGUUUUUUAUAGGUACCAACCAUGAUCCAUGGUACGAUGAGAGGGUUUCAUGGGAAGGGAUGCGAGACAAACGUAUACAGUUGAAAAAUCUGAAGACCACCUGUUUUGAAGUUAUUUUACUAGGAUCGGUUGGUUUUCGGAAUGUAGCUACACUUUGUUUUGCGUUUGCGUUAUGUCUCCUAGGAUACAAAUUUAACAUACUCAGCGAUGGCUUUUUGGUUCACAAACCAGGGCAUAAAAAAACUGAAUAUUUUGGAAACAGGUUGAAGGUUUCACUAUCAAUGGCAGAAACUAUUGAAACAGAAUUUGUACCACAGUACAGAAAAUUUUACGGAAAUAAUCCGGCUUGUGUUGUUUAGAAAUGGUCUCUUUAAUCAAAUAUAUUUUCCGUUAUCUUUGUUUUGUUUUCGUAUCAUUUUGUACAUAGGACUGUGCUAAUUAUUAUAAAUUAGCGA